AUGGGGCCUCUGGGCAAUAGGGGAUCAUGGGGCCCCUGUGUCCUUGCCCAAACUCAAAAAAAGCCUAUGAAAAAGGUACCAGGGGCAUCUCAUGGGGCCGAUACUGACCCCGGGCCCUCGGGCAGUGCCUGAGUUUCCAAAUAGUCAGUCCGCCCCUGCUCUAGAGAAGCCUUUCUCAACCAGGGAGUGGACUGACAACUCAUGGGGCCCCCGGGCAAUAGGGGAUCAUGGGGCCCCUGUGUCCUUGCCCAAACUCAAAAAAGCCUAAGAAAAAGGUACCAGGGGCAUCUCAUGGGAUCCCCUACUGACCCCGGGCCCUCGGGCAGUGCCCGAGUUUCCAAAUGGUCAGUCCGCCCCUGAUCACCUCUA